CAGUGGUCGCGCUUCCGGAGAGGCGCUUCCGGUGGUGGCGGCAGCAGCGGCUGUGGUGGUUCCGGGUGUCUUUGUCCCCCCGGUGUCGCGGCCCUGGCCCGCAGGUUUUUUUCUAAGACUCUGAAAGAGGACAGCAUUCCCAAUGUCCCAGUUUAAGCGCCAGCGGAUCAACCCGCUUCCAGGGGGACGCAACUUUUCAGGCGCAGCUUCAACAUCUCUUCUGGGUCCUCCUCCUGGUUUGCUCACUCCUCCUGUGGCCACAGACCUGUCCCAAAAUGCCAGGCACCUUCAGGGUGGGGAGAAGCAGCGGGUCUUCACUGGCAUUGUUACCAGCUUGCAUGACUACUUUGGGGUGGUGGAUGAAGAGGUCUUUUUUCAGCUCAGUGUGGUGAAGGGCCGGCUGCCCCAGCUGGGUGAGAAGGUACUGGUGAAGGCUGCAUACAACCCAGGCCAGGCAGUGCCCUGGAAUGCUGUCAAGGUGCAAACGCUCUCCAACCAGCCCCUGCUGAAGUCCCCAGCACCUCCCCUUCUACAUGUGGCAGCCCUGGGCCAGAAGCAAGGGAUUCUGGGAGCUCAGCCCCAGCUGAUCUUCCAGCCUCACCGGAUUCCUCCGCUCUUUCCUCAGAAGCCUCUGAGUCUCUUCCAAACAUCCCACACACUUCAUCUGAGCCACCUGAACAGAUUUCCUGCUCGGGGCCCUCACGGACGAUUGGAUCAAGGCCGAAGCGAUGACUAUGACUCCAAGAAACGCAAGCAGAGGGCUGGUGGAGAGACUUGGGGUGCUAAGAAACCAAGGCAUGACCUGCCUCCUUACCGGGUCCAUCUCACUCCCUAUACUGUGGACAGCCCUACCUGUGACUUCUUAGAGCUCCAGCGCCGCUACCGCAGCCUCCUGGUGCCCUCAGAUUUUCUGGCUGUGUGUCUGAGCUGGCUGUCAGCCUUCCCUCUGAGCCAGCCCUUUUCCCUCCAUCCUCCAAGCCGCAUCCAGGUAUCUUCUGAGAAGGAGCCAGCUCCAGAUGCUGGUGCUGAGCCCACCCCUGCAGACAGUGACCCUGCUUACAGUUCUAAGGUACUGCUGCUCUCUUCCCCGGGACUGGAGGAACUGUAUCGUUGUUGCAUGCUCUUUGUGGAUGACCUGGCUGAGCCAAGGGAGACACCAGAACAUCCUCUGAAGCAGAUUAAAUUUUUGCUGAGCCGGAAAGAAGAAGAAGCAGUGCUGGUUGGGGGGGAGUGGUCUCCCUCUUUGGAUGGCCUCGACCCCAAGGGCGACCCGCAGGUGCUAGUCCGCACUGCCAUUCGCUGUGCGCAAGCCCAGACUGGCAUUGACUUGAGCGCCUGCACUAAGUGGUGGCGCUUUGCUGAGUUUCAGUACCUGCAGCCGGGUCCCCCAAGACGGCUCCAGACUGUGGUGGUGUACUUGCCAGAUGUCUGGACCAUCAUGCCUACUUUGGAAGAGUGGGAGGCCCUGUGCCAGCAGAAAGCUGCAGAGGCAGCUCCCCCAGCCCAAGAGGUGUCCGGGGAAGCAGAGCCUCCGGAGCAGGCAGCUGAUACAUCAGAGCAAGUAGCAGACACCUCUAAACAGAAUGCGGAGAAUCCAGAGGCCACCACACAGCAGGAAAUGGACACUGAUCUCCCCGAGGCCCCUCCACCCCCUCUAGAACCUGCUGUCAUGGCCCGCCCUGGCUGUGUAAACCUGUCCCUCCAUAGCAUUGUGGAGGACCGGAGGCCAAAAGAAAGGAUCUCUUUUGAAGUGAUGGUGUUGGCUGAGCUGUUUUUGGAGAUGCUCCAGAGGGAUUUUGGCUAUAGGAUUUAUAAAAUGCUGCUGAGCCUUCCUGAAAAGGUAGUGGCUCCGCCUGAACCUGAGAAGGAGGAGGCAGCCAAGGAAGAAGAAGCAGUCAAGGAAGAGGCUGCCAAGGAGCCCAAGGAUGAGGUACAGAGUGAGGGCACAGCUGCCGAGUCAGACGCCCCACCGAAGGAAGAUGGGCUUUUGCCCAAACCUCCGUCUUCCGGGGGAGAGGAAGAAGAAAAACCCCGGGGUGAGGCAUCCGAGGACCUCUGUGAGAUGGCCCUUGACCCAGAGCUGCUCCUUCUAAGGGAUGACGGCGAAGAAGAGUUUGCAGGAGCCAAGCUGGAAGAUUCAGAGGUCCGGUCGGUUGCCUCGAACCAAUCAGAGAUGGAGUUCUCCUCUCUUCAGGACAUGCCCAAGGAGCUGGACCCCUCUGCCGUGCUCCCUUUGGACUGUCUUCUUGCUUUUGUCUUCUUUGACGCCAACUGGUGUGGCUACUUGCACCGGCGGGACUUGGAGAGAAUCCUGCUCACCCUUGGGCUCCGGCUCAGUGCAGAGCAGGCCAAACAGCUGGUCAGCAGGGUGGUGACCCAGAACAUCUGCCAGUACCGCAGCCUUCAGUACAGCCGCCAGGAGGGUACAGACGCCGGGCUUCCCGAGGAGGUGCUCUUCGGAAACCUGGACCUGCUACCUCCUUCGGGGAAAAAUGCAAAACCAGGUGCUGCUCCCACGGAACACAAAGGCCUGGUGUCCCACAACGGCAGCCUCAUCAACGUGGGGAACCUGUUGCAGCGUGCAGAGCAGCAGGACAGCGGACGGCUCUACCUGGAGAACAAGAUUCACACACUGGAACUGAAGCUGGAGGAGAGCCAUAAUCGGUUCUCGGCCACGGAGGUGACGAACAAGACACUGGCGGCGGAGAUGCAGGAGCUGCGCAGCCGGCUGGCCGAGGCGGAGGAGACGGCCCGGACGGCCGAGCGCCAGAAGAACCAGCUGCAACGGCUGCUCCAGGAGUUCCGGAGGCGCCUGACCCCCCUGCAGCUGGAAAUGCAGCGGAUGGUUGAGAAGGCUGACAGCUGGGUAGAGAAGGAGGAGCCGGCACCUAGCAACUGAAGGGGCCUGGCGCAGCAGCUGCCCUCCCGUGGGGUCAGCGAUGGAGCCUGCUGACGUUCGAGCCCUUUUGGUUCCAGAAAGCAGCUGGAGCAGGACCUGGGAGCCAUGGGCAGGGGUGGCUGACCCCUGUGCUCAGCCUCUGUAGAGGAGCUCAGGCCAUCAGGGUGGGGUCUGCGCUAUGUGGGAUGGAUGAGUGGGGAACCCUGGUUCCACUUAACAACUAAAUCCAACACCUUCUGCACCCCUCGAAUGUCAUUUUGCCCUCCACCUUGGGAUUUCUCCUGGGGCCCUUUAGUCUUGUGCUUUCUCCUGUCCUUUUCCAGUUUAGAAUAAGACAGGGGAGGAAAAGGCUUUUCAAGUAUGUCAUAAGGUCUGAUGCCAAUAAACUGAAGAAACAGA